UCUGUGGAAAAUUAUUUCCAAUAUGUCAGGUUGUAGGGACGUUGAGAAACUUAGUUUAAUUUUAAUUAAUUAGGAUAAGAAUAGUAUCUUAAAAACGAUAAACAUGUUGCAUUGAUAAAGCUUGUGUAUUCGUUAGUUCUUUGUUUGAGUUUAAUGGAUGUUGCUGUGUGGAUUGAUCGGUUCACACCACUCGAGAAGGAAACGAUUCAUAAGUUGGUAAUUUGUUUCGGAUUCAGUGUAAAUGAUUGAAGUGACUAAGUUGUUCUUUGAAUUCGUGCUAAGUGUGUCGAAAUAAUAAAUUAUUGUAUUGUAAAUAAAAAAUAUUGUUUGUUCGCGCAUGCGUUUCUGUCGAAAACAGACAAAGGUUUUGUGUGGUUUGAAAAUCAGCUGUAUUCUAUGUGCAAUGACUUAGUAAUACAAAAAGUGUGUGUUUGGAAGCGACAAUGUUCAGUGAAAUUGGAUACAUAGUUUUCUUACUUCUUGCUCUGCCGUAUAUUGAAAGUGCAUCAUACCGUGAGCUAAACGAAUACAUCCGCCACUACGAGCCGCUCGACUAUGACUCGCGAGCGAUACACGAGCAGCACUUGCGAACGCGGCGCUCCACAGACGCGCCAGCUGACCUGCAUCUCCAUUUCCGAGCGCACAGCAGAAGGUUCCACCUACGGUUGCGAAGGGACCUAUCAGCUUUCACAGACGACUUUAAGGUCGAAGGCACACAAGGUCAGCUCCACGAUGUCGAUACGUCACAUCUCUAUCACGGCGAAUUGGCUGACGACCCACAAUCAAAGGUGUUCGGUUCGGUGACGGACGGCGUUUUCGAGGGGAAGAUCAUCGCGCACGACGGCGCGUUCUACGUGGAGCACGCGCGCCGCUACUUCCCGCCCAAUGGCACGCGCACGCGCAUCCACUCUGUCAUCUACCGGGACGGUGACGUCACCGACCCCUACGCGCACCGGAGACAUGGUCACGUAGGCGGCUGUGGUAUCACAGACGAGGUGGUGCAGUGGAUGGAGCGUAUUCAGAACUCGGGCGUGGAUGAGGAGCCCCCCACCACACCCGCGUCGCCCCCUCCGCCGUCCGCGCCGCACGCGCAUCAUUCGCCGCCACCGCACCCGAAUAGCUUGAGGGAAGAUCCGCCUAGGCACUGGGAUUUCCACAACAAGUACACGCGUGCGGCGAACACGGGCGAGCAUUCGCGCGCUCGCCGCGCAACGGCCACACUGGACAACCGCAACACGUGUUCGCUGUACAUACAAACAGACCCGCUCAUUUGGCGGCACGUUAGAGAGGGCUUUCCCGACCACCGGGACCCGUCAAAAAAGAGCGAAGUGGACAUGAAGACUCGCGAAGAGAUCCUGUCCCUCAUCUCGCAUCACGUGACAGCUGUGAACUACAUUUACCGGGAUACCAAGUUCGACGGCCGCAUGGAGCACAGGAACAUUAAGUUUGAGGUCCAGAGGAUCAAGAUCGACGAUGACUCCAUGUGCAACUCGGUUCACUUCGCGACUGAGACCAACCAGUUCUGUCUCGAGAACAUCGAUGUGUCAAACUUCCUGAAUCUCCACUCGCUGGGAAACCACGAGGAUUUUUGCCUCGCUUACGUGUUCACAUACAGAGACUUCACUGGAGGCACUCUCGGCUUAGCAUGGGUGGCCAGUGCAAGCGGUGCUUCGGGUGGCAUUUGCGAGAAGUACAAAACCUACACUGAGACGAUCGGCGGCAUGUACCAGAGCACCAAACGUUCUCUGAACACUGGCAUCAUAACGUUUGUGAACUACAACAGCCGUGUGCCGCCCAAAGUGAGCCAGCUGACGUUGGCUCACGAGAUUGGACACAACUUUGGAUCACCGCACGACUACCCAUCUGAGUGCCGGCCGGGCGGCGCGGCGGGCAACUACAUAAUGUUCGCGUCGGCGACCUCCGGCGACCGGCCCAACAACAGCCGCUUCUCGUCCUGCUCCGUCGGCAACAUCAGCGCCGUGCUGGACGCCGUGCGCGACGGCCGCAAGAGGAACUGCCUCACGGCGAGCGCGGGCGCAUUUUGCGGCAACAAAAUCGUGGAGGUCGGCGAGGAGUGCGACUGCGGGUAUGACGAGCUGGAGUGCAAGGACCACUGCUGCUACCCGCGCCAGCUCAGCUCCUUCGACAAGGAGAAGAACAUCACUGCCAAGGGCUGCACGAGGAAAGCUAACACUCAGUGCAGUCCGUCACAAGGCCCGUGCUGCCAGUCGCAGACGUGCCAGUUCACGCACGCGCGUGCGAAUGUCACGUGCCGGGAAGCCACCGAGUGUAGUCACGCGGCAUUUUGCUCCGGCGCCUCCGCCGAGUGUCCUGAGCCGCGAGCCAUGCCGAACCACACCAAGUGUAAUAACGGCACGCAACUCUGCAUAAACGGCGAGUGCAGCGGCUCCAUCUGUUUGGCAUGGAACAUGAAGGAAUGCUUCCUAUCGUCAUCACCAACACGUGCGGGUGACGGCGUCACACAAUCCGUGGUGGAUCGCCGGGCGCUAUGUCAACUUGCGUGCCAGACCGGGCCCGGACCGGACUCGUGUCGGAGUACUGCGGACUUCGCGCAUAGAGUCGGUCUUCCCGCGGGCGGGAUCAGCCUGCGGCCCGGAUCGCCGUGUGAUAACUUCCAGGGCUACUGCGACGUGUUCCUCAAAUGCCGCGCGGUGGACGCUGAAGGCCCGCUGGCCCGACUCAAGAACCUGCUCCUCAACCGCGCCACGCUGCAGACGGUGCAGGCGUGGGUGACGGAGCAGUGGUGGUGCGUGCUGCUGGGCGGCGUGGCGCUGGUGGUGUGCUGCGGCGCCUUCGUCAAGUGCUGCGCCGUGCACACGCCCUCGUCCAACCCCAAGCGGCCGCCGGCCAGACGGCUAUCCGAAACGCUCCGAAGGCCGAUGAACACACUCCGAAGGAUGCGGCAUCCCACCGGUCACGCGCAGAGGGACGCACGCGCGGCGCCGCGGCCCGGCCACCGCCGCGCGCGCCCGCACAAAGGAUACGCCGCGCCGCUUGCGUACGCGCAUAGGGACGCGCCCGCGUCAGCCCCGCCCGGGCCGAGCGGGCGGUCACGAGGUGAACCAUACGCGAACGCAUAUCCACAGUCGUACGAGAUGCGACCCGCGCAGAAGGUCUGACAGUACGAGUACUGCGCGGGCGGCUCGCUGGAGCUGGUCGCGCUCGCGCCGGGCGUGCCGCUGCUAUUAGGAUACGUGCGCCCGCGCGCCUCCGUCGCCUCACAGACCACGCUCACGCUGCACGCGCGCCGCGACAGCUCCUAGCCGUGAGCAGCGCAAUACAAUUGUUUUAACGCCCGUGACACCUCUGGAACCCAUCGUAGUCGCGCAUGACUGGUAAACACAAAAACAGUCCCUGUUGAAAGACUAAUGACUCGGCUAGCUCAAGUGCGGGCGCGCCGAUAGCUCAUAACCGUGAUGCUGCUGUCUUAACGCGCCGCCACAUUUCUGGAACCCAUCGGUUCUACCUGACUGGUGAACAGUGAUCAUUUUUAGUAUUGUCCCUGAUUUUGAAAGACUAAUGGAUCGGCUAGCUCAAGAAUUAUUUCGUCGUUGUACGUGCGCCCGCGCGCCUCCGUCGCCUCACAGACCACGCUCACGCUGCACGCGCGCCGCGACAGCUCCUAGCCAUCCAUGAUGCAACUGUCUUAACGCCUGUAAGAACCCAUCGACAGUCGAAACACUAAGUGGUGAACAGUGAUCAUUUUUAGUAUCGUCCCCAAUGUUGAAGUUGGAUAGCUCAAGGAUACGGCGGGCGUGCCUCUACCCUGGAUUCAUGCGCCUCCGUCGCCUCACAGACCACGCUCACGCUGCACGCGCGCCGCGACAGCUCCUAGCCGUGAGCAGCGCAAUACAAUUGUUUUAACGCCUCUGGAGCCCAACAACUGGUGAACAGUGAUCACUUUUAGUAUCGUCCCUGAUUUUGAAAGACUAAAGGCUAGCUCAAGGUUGAUCACUUCGAUGAUACAGCCAUAAUCAGCGUCGUACAUUUCCUGCAUGUGACAUAGGCAACUCCGCAAGGAAUUCGCGCGCCCGCGGCUCUUAUUAUCGGUCAGCACACCACGCCACGCUGCGACUAGUGCUUGUAGCCGCCCGCCGUAAGCAGUGCGGUGCAAUUGUUUUUUUAACGCGUCACAUCUCUGCAAUCCAUCGGCAGUCAGUGACUGCUCUAGCUGACCAGUGAAGAGUGGUCACUUUUAGUAUCCUCCCUGAUGUUGAAAGACUAAUGUAUCGGCUAGCUCAAGGUGUAGGUUCCAGCAUGUGACUGUGAAUAAGCAUUAUCAAGCUCGUGUCGUUAUCGCGUAGUAGAGCUCUGAAAACCUUCAAGAAACUUACAGGAACUAUUAAUACUCCCUUUCUAUGACGUAUUUUUACCCAUAGCGUGACAGUGAUCGGCUUCAUCAUUAUGCUAGUCUUCUCGUAACUUACUACCUACUUUAUGUUUUAAUAUAACGUCAACUGUGCCUCCCCUAUAAAGCCUACAAAGACGAUCCAUAACGGAUAUACACAAUGCUCUGACGUCAGCAUACUCGUAUAUGAUCACAGAGUAGACUGACAAUAUAUCAAAAGGAGAAACUGACGACGCGAUUGUCGAAUACCUUGAUGAAAUGGUUGAUCAAUGGUUGACAUAGAGCUGAGACACUGCCAUAUCACAAUACAAUUCCAUACAGCUACGUGUUUGAUAGCUAAUUACAUUAUUGGUGCGAUCGAUAUAGCAGGUUUAUAUUACAUACCAUGAAUAUUGUAAAAAUAGGACCAGAGUUUCAAUAUUGUUUUGUCUGUAUUUGUAUAAUUGAUGUCUUUCGACAAAUAGGUAGUUGUGUCAUCAAAUUAUACGGCUCAUGCUUAACCGGUUUUCGAUGUCGUACCUAGACGCACAAGUGAUAGUAGAAUUCGGUCGAUUCCAGACUAUAUUCAAGAUCUAUUUCAUGAAAGUAUUUUUAAUAAUAGGAAAUUCCAGAUAACGAUACGGCAAAUAAAACAUAGCAUGUUGAAAAUAAUACUUGAAAUAAAUUCGACGUUAUUUCGACGAUUACUAACCCUUAGGGGUGGGCCGGCACUGCCAAGAAGUAUUAUAAUAGUAUUAGAUUUACUAAAAUCAAUGACUAAUAAAAAUAGCUGAAAUGUACCGUAGCAAUUUAUAUUGGGAAUUGUUAUUUUAUUUAAGUUCUCGAAUAAUCCACGACUCGAUACAGCUACUUUCGAGCCUAGGUUCUCAUGUAUAAGUAUGUGAUGAAGGCUUCUCUACAACGAUAUCCGUAUUUUAGUAGUUCCAUCUAUUACGUACAUUUCUCUCAAGUGUAAGCGACAUACAGAUGGAUAUUUAAAAUACUGACAUCGUUUGGAAGUGAGUAGCGCUCUGCAUCGUCGGUUUUUAUUAUUUCGAUGGGUUCAGGGUGUCUCCUGACUAGCGCAUACUACGUAAAGAUUAGACGACUCAAGAGAAAUAUAGCAUUUACUCGGAUAGACGGGCAAGCAUUCCAUAAUCGAAUAACAUAAAUUUUCUACAUUCAAAUUAUGAUGUCAGUGCUUUUAUGAUUUACCAAUGAUGAUGUGUAAACCAUUACAGACUCAGUCGUUAGUAGUUCUAAAUGCACUUAGAUUUGCUGGUUGUUGCAUACGUAAUUCACGCAACAUGUCUAAUAAGUUCACCGAAUUCGACGAAUACAGUAAUUACGUUUUUAAGAGAUAAUAAAUUAUUUGCUCAAUCGAAUAAAAAGUAAUAAUCGAUCCGAUACUAAAGUGCCGAGCGCGACGCCCGCUGCCGGCGAGCGAUAUGGUGUUCUAUAAAAUUAAUUAUUUUUAUAUUACGGAAGCGGGAAAUACUUUUAGAGACGGCAUGCUGUUCACGCGAACUAGUGAGAAUAACUCAAUAAAUAAAUGUGUUGCUCUUACGACCGGACAUUUAUGUAUAUUUUUGUAUAUAAAUGAAGAGGUAUACAAAGGCUACAAUGUAAAAAUAUCAUACAAAAGUAAUCGUUCAUACCGAUGUUAGAGUACUGUAUAAAUACUGCAUUGUUUUAUUCGAAUCUCUGUAAGUGUAAUAAUUUUUAUAUAAAUUUAUUUUUAAACAUAUUUAAUAUUAACGUAAGUGGAAUGUCGAGGUGCCAUUAUACCAAUUUGUAUUCCUGUUCCUUUGUUUUGUCCUCUUUUCAGUUUGAUAUUAGAAAACGCAUUGUAAUCUUUCCAUAAACUUUGUAUUAGUAAAUGUAUGGGCUCAAAAUACAUUCAUUUAAAAUUACAUUUAGUCUUCCUACGACAGCUAAUGUACUUUUUGAAUUAAUUAAACUUUAUUUAAACUUAUCUUAAGUAUUAUGUAAUUAAAUACGAAAUUUUAACAGUAUUGCCAAAUGAUCAAAUGUAAAUUAGACUGAGAAAAAUCUUUCAAUCUUGCUAAUAAUGAAAUUUUGUAAUAUGCAUUUUUUAUUUUGUAGUUGUGUGUAUGAGUUUUGUGCGUAGAGAUGGCUCAAAUACAAAUAUUGUUGUUUAUUUGAAUUUACAAAUAUUUGUUUUGAACACAAAGUUGCAUAUCACAAAACUCCUGUAUUAUGUAUAUCGGACGAAUAUUUUGUUGUACGGUUCUGCUGAAUUGAUCUCUUUGAUAAGUAAUGAUAUUUUUUAUUAUGAAUCAACUACGUAGAGUUACUUUCCGUCGUGCAAGCCAAAGAGCAUGAUGUAUUUUUAUUAUUUCUAUACAUUUAACGUUAAGGGUCGGAUCUUAUAAGUAUACCAUAUUAAUGCCAUUUUAUUAGUGAAUGUUGAAACAAUACGCAAAUUCUCGUAACUGUACUAUAAUGUAUAUUUGUAUGUAAACCGAGAGGGUAAUGUUUCCGUUGUAGAGCGACUUGACCAAUCGUGUAAUUGAUGGAUUGCAUUUAUUUCCAUCGUUAAUAGUACUCAAUGGCAUUAUUUCUCCUAAGUGUAAGCUAGAUUACCGUUAUAGAUUAUUUAAAUGACAAUGUGAAUAUUUUUAAUUAACAAGAUGAAUGUUACAACAUGUGAUUUCAAAAUAAUAAAAAAACAAUAAAUUUUACAUGAA